AUCCUCUGUGGUUGGGCUUGCUGGUAUCUUCACCAUGAGAAACAGCCAUCUAAGUUUGCUGCCGGGACUCUUGACACAGCUGCUGUUGCCACUGGAAGCUGCUGCCCAGAAGACUAGUGACUGUGCACGGUGGUGCCCUCUGAACUCCAGAUGUGUCAACGCCACGGCCUGUCGCUGCUCUCCGGGGUUCACUUCUUCAUCCGGGGACGUCUUCACCAACCACUUGGAGAAUUGUGAUGACAUCGAUGAGUGUGGGCCACCCUUGGCAGUGUCCUGUGGAAAAUUUGCAGACUGCCAGAACACAGAGGGGAGCUUCUACUGCAAAUGCAUCCCCGGAUACCUGCUUGUUUCUGGGGCAAAAGCGUUCAGGAAUGAGAGUGAGAACACGUGUCAAAACGUGGACAAAUGUCAGCGGAAACCCAGACUCUGUAAAGGCCGCAGCAUCUGCAUCAACACCCAGGGCAACUACACCUGCAGAUGCCCACCUGGCUUGGAGCUCAACCUGAGCGACCCGAACGUGUGCUCAGAUGUGAAUGAAUGUACCUCGGGGCAAAACCCGUGCCACAACACCACCCACUGCCUCAACAACAUUGGGAGCUAUGAGUGUCGCUGCCUCCCUGGCUGGAAGCCCAUUCCUGGGUCCCCCAAUGGCCCAAACAACACUGUCUGUGAAGAUGUGGACGAGUGCAGCUCCCGGCCGCCUGUGUGCCACAACUCCACCGUCUGCGUCAACACCGUGGGCUCAUACAGGUGCCGCUGCCGCCGUGGCUGGGAGCUCAAACCCGGAUUCCAGAAUAAGCAAAUGAACACCACCUGUCAAGAGAUGUCCUUCCCUACCUGGACCGAACCCCCUGGAAUCAAGAGCCAGGGACUCUCCCACUUCUUUAAAAAAGUCCAAGUUCUGCGCAGGGACUUCAAGCCGGCCUUGGCUCAGGGCACCAUCCAGGGCCUCAUAGAGGGGGUGGAUAAGUUGUUGCAGACCCCACAAGACCUGGAGGCGCUGCCCCGCUCAGAGCAGCACCGUGUGGCCACGAACCUGCUCGCUGGCCUGGAGGACGUCCUGAGAAACAUAAGCCAGGCCCUGCCCAAUGGGACAUUGACCUUCAGUGCAUCUGCAGGCACAGACCUGUCCCUGAAGGUGCAAGAACAAGGAGACAGAAAUGUCACCUUGAGUCUGAACCAGGCAAAGAUGCUGCUGAGCUUGGAUGAGGUGCAUGAAUCUAGUGACUCAGGUCCUGCUGUGGUGGGCCUCAUCUCCACUCCAGGGAUGGCCAAGUUACUGGCCGGGGCGCCCCUGAUCCUGGACCCUAAGCAGCAGGCAGUUCUGCGUGAACACAAGGAAUUGCUGGGAGAGGUCUCCCCUGUCCUGCUCUCAGUUGUCGUCUCUGCCUUUGUGAGCAACAAGGACACCCAGAACCUCAGCUCCCCCGUCACCUUCAUCUUCUCCCACCACUCGGUGACGCCCGGGCCAAGGCAGAAGGUGUUCUGUGUCUUCUGGGAGCACAGUCAGGAUGGAGGCGGUCAUUGGUCCACCAGAGGCUGCAGGACGGCGGCCACCGGAGAUGCCAACACCACCUGCCAGUGCUCCCACCUCAGCAGCUUUGCCGUCCUCAUGGCCCACAGCCACGUGCAGGAGGAGGAUCCCGUGCUGGCUGUCAUCACCUACGUGGGGCUGGGCCUCUCUCUGCUGUGCCUCCUCCUGGCAGCCCUCACCUUCCUCCUGUGCAAAGCCAUCCAGAACACCAGCACCUCGCUCCACCUGCAGCUCUCGAUCUGCCUCUUCCUGGCCCACCUGCUCUUCCUCACAGCCAUCGACCAGACCAAGAUCAAGCUGCUGUGCGCCAUCAUCGCAGGGGCCUUACACUAUCUCUACCUGGCCUCCUUCACCUGGAUGCUGUUGGACGGUCUACACCUCUUCCUCACGGCACGCAACCUGAUGGUGGUCAACUACUCCAGUGUGAGCAGGCUCAUGAAGAGACUCAUGUUCCCUGUGGGCUAUGGAGUCCCGGCUCUAAUCGUGGCCAUUUCUGCUGCAUCCAGACCUUCCCUUUAUGGAACACCCACCAGCUGCUGGCUCCAUCCAGAAAAGAUGUUUAUAUGGAGCUUCCUGGGACCAGUCUGUGUCAUUAUCUCUGUCAAUUUAGUGUUGUUUUUCAUGACCCUCUGGAUUUUGCAAAGCAAGCUGUCUUCCCUCAACAGCGACGUAUCCACCCUCCAGAACACAAGGAUGCUGACAUUCAAAGCGACGGCUCAGCUUGUCAUCCUGGGCUGCACGUGGUGUCUGGGCAUCCUGCAGGUGGGGCCAGCUGCCCGCGUCAUGGCUUACCUCUUCACCAUCAUCAACAGCCUGCAGGGAGCGUUCAUCUUCCUGGUGUACUGCCUCCUCAGCCAGCAGGUCCGGGAGCAGUACCGGAAAUGGUUCAGAGGGGUCAGGAAAGCCAAAGCUGAGUCUGAGAAGUACACACUGUCCAGCAGGGCCGUGUCUGAUGCCUCCACCCCCAACACGGUUAAUUAAAACAACCUUUUGAAUUAUAUAUUCUUAAAUCCAUGGAAAACUGGAACUGUUAUUCUCUGAGCCCCUGACAGAGGACAAGUAAGACUUUGUUGUGUGUGUUUCAAGAAAUUCAUCGUGUCGGCAAUGUGAAAGACGCCAACCAUGCUUGACAUUCAGUUCCUGCAAAAUCUGGAAUUUGUAUGUGCCUUUAAGUGUGCUUAGAAAACUUCCAACAUAGAAAGGGCCAGCUGUGGCUCAAUUUCUUGGUCACUCUGGGUUAAGCCCUUCACCGAAGCCUCUCCUUCCUACAAAGACACGUCCAGAUGUUGACAAUCUAUGAGCCAGAAAACUCACCUCAACGGAUUUUCCUACGUACAACAUU